ACAAGCAAGCAGACCUAGGCGGUAAUUAUUUUUGCAACAUUGUUCGUUCUCAUUUCUCGCAAGCAAGUAACCGACGCAGACACGGGCCCUGCAUAUUCAGUCAGACUGAUCUUUUGAAAAGAUCAUCUGGGUAGCGAGCUGUUGGAUCCACCUAGGUCUGAAGCGAUCUGAAGGCGUGCCGACAACGCAUCUCGGGGAGGAGGCGGCGGUGGGCGCGGGCUCGAGUGGCGACAUGCCGCAGAAGAAGGCUACGCCCUCGAGCGGAGGGUCUGCCGGCUCGGGUGCUCUUCACGGGAACUCUACUGCCCAGGACUCUGAAGAAUCUGCCGCCCAGCGCCGUAGCAAGAAUGCGCGCACAGCCUCGAGUCUGGACUCUGCAGAUACCACAAAAGCAGCACAAGGCCGUGGGCUUGAGUGGAGGGAUGCUGCAGAAGCAGAGCGCGGAGGUCGAGAGGUGCUGCACGAGCAGGAGCAUGCCAAGCACUUUCAGGAAUCUGAUCCCAACGAGAUUGUACAUGGCAAGGAAGAAAAUAAACAGGUGCAAGAAGCGGAUCGUCUGAUCGAACAGCUGAAUGAGUUGGGGAUGGGAGAGGAUAUCAGCGAGGAGGAGUUCCUUGAUUACCAUGACAAGCUACCUCGCAUCCCUCAUUAUAUUGUUGCUCGUAAACUGACAAAUGAGGAGCUCGAUGAGCAAGAUCUUCGCCACGCACUGUACCGCCUCAGAUCUUACAAACACAAGCUGAAAGAGGAGGGAAAGGAAGAUACAUUUGGCCUUAAGGACAUUUCUGAGGCCGACUGUGAUCAAGAGUUCUUAAAGAAACAGAGAUUUUUCAGACGAUUCGAGGAAAUUUCCACACUUGAUUGGUAUUUCCACCCUGAUUACUGCAAAGGGGGUUCCCUGAAUGACUACCAACGCCUAGUCCUUCGAAAUUAUGGCGGUUCUGAGUACGCCAGGUGGAGUGAGUACCAUGAGUUCCUUCAUAGCCAUGACGUUGAAGAAGAGUAUGUCAAGUUCUGUGAGGAAUUGUUCAAGAAGCUAGAGUGGAUGGAAGGUUAUCUAGAUUUUCCCCGGCCAUCUCAUAAGUGGGAUCGCAUAUCUUCCCGAGGAGCUUUACAAGCAAUUAAACUUGCAGCUACUACCUUUCAGAAGAUCACUGCGUCUUUAGCUUACUAUGGCUACUUUGAGUGUAAACAGAGCAUUGCCUAUGACCGUACUUGGUACAAGGAGUUAGAUGGUGUCCAUUUUGAGAUUUGGUGUCGGGUCACUGAGAAACAGAUGAGUUUCAGAGAUGCUCUAGCGGAGGUUUGUGCGCUGAACAGGUUUCCAUUACGCCAACGUAGAAUGGAAGGUGCACUGAAGCGGGACUACACCAUGGAGAGAUUGGAAUCGGAGUACCAUACCUGCACGGCAAAGGUUCCCCCGGGAACUGAAAAGGACAAGGCUAAGGAGUUGAUUGCAAAGGCAGUUAAAAAUCGGCUCAAUAAGCCAAAGACCUAUGUGCAGUAUAUCAGCAAGAAGAUACACAUUGCACACGUUGCUGGAAUCCUUCCUCUGAAGGAUUCGAAGGAACAAUGCGUUGUUUCUGAGAUUAUGAAAUUGGACAAUUGGUCCAUCCCUUGUCCUUCUGCAGUGUGCUGCCCACAUGUGACUGUGUAUGCAGAAAUGUUGUCACAGCCCAAGGAAGAGCCGCAUGGUGAUAACCUUCUGGAGGAGGAAGAGGACGAUAAGGAAGAAAGGGAAUAUUUAGCUACAUUGACAGAGAAGCAACUUCUAUUCCUUGAGGAAGAUGACGCUACAUCGGAAGAGGAUGAUAACCUUAUGGAUAAAACUGAGGAUGAUUGUAGUAUGGAGUUUCCCGAGGAGAAGGGAUUUUUCAUUAGCUUUGAAGAAGAUGGAACACUCGAUUGGUUUUUCUACUCUGCUUACUGCGAAUGUGCUUCCCUGAGUGACUAUCAACGCCUAGUCCUAAAAAAUUAUGGUGGUACCGAGUACAGCAUGUGGAGUGACUACCAUAGCUACCGUCAUAGCUAUGAUAUUGAACGAGAGUAUCUCAAGUACUGCCAGGAAUUAUCCAAGCAACUGAAGUGGAUGGAAGAUUAUGUCGAUAUUUGCCGCUCAUCCGUCAAAUGGGGUAAAAUAUCUUCCCGAGGAGCAUUUCAAGCAAUUAAGAUUGCUGCUACUAGCUUUCCCAAGAUCACUCCUACUUUAGCUUACAAUGGCUUUGAUGAGUAUAAAGAGCGCAUUUGCUAUUAUCAUACUUGGUUUAAGGAGUAUGAUCAUUUGUACUUUGAGAUUUGGCGGCGUGUCACAAAGGGAACGAGUUUCAGAAAGGCUAUGGAGGAUGUUUGCAAGAUGAACAAGUUUCCAGUACGACAAGUUCCAUACCUGCACGGCAGCCAUUUGCCCUGGAGUUAAAGAGGAUAAAGCUAAGGAGUUGAUCGCAGACGGAGUUAAAAAGCUGGUUAAUAUGCCCAAGUCCUAUGAGGAUUAUAUCAGAAAAAAGAUAGAGAUUGCAUGCAUUAUUGGAAUUCUUCCUUCCGAGAAGACUGAGGCAACAGUAUAAUUAAGAUUCUGAAGAAUGAGAUAAUUGGCAAACAAGCGUUGUUUAUAAGAUUAUGAAACUGAACCACCCAUUGUCAUGUUGUACUGUGCUUCCCACAUGUAGUUGUGUGUGUAGAAAUGGCAGUGACCUGUAAGAUACUGUAAUAGAUCAUUUAUGCAGUCUGAGCAAUUUUAGCAGUACUACUUGACAUAUACACCCUCCGUUCCA